AGCCGCCCGAGCCGUAGCGAGCCAGCCGCCAGACACAGGCGUGAUCGAGGAGCCGUAACACACGCCGAAACAACUCUCGUCUGUCCCACUUCUCUGCCUCUCCCCCUCCCUCCUCUUGUUUUCUCCCCCUCAGCCCCCCCCCCCCCCCCCCCCCUUCCCCACUAUCUCUGACACAUUCAGCUUUCCCCAGCACCAUCCACCUACAUAUCGGAUUAAGAGCUGCUCCUGCUGCUUUUGCAUUAUUAUUUUGAUUUCCCGGUUCGCGCAAAAAAAAAAAAAAAAUCAAGCCAAAUAUUUUUUUAAUAAAUCUAGCAAACAUGAUGGCGGCAGCUCCCAUCCAGCAGAACGGGACUCACACGGGGGUGCCCAUAGACCUGGACCCGCCGGAUUCCAGAAAGAGACCGCUGGAAGCCCCUCCUGAAGCAGUCAGCACCAAGAGGACAAACACUGGUGAAGACGGUCAGUUUUUCCUAAAAGUCCUCAUACCAAGUUAUGCUGCUGGAUCUAUCAUUGGGAAAGGGGGGCAGACGAUCGUCCAGUUACAGAAGGAAACUGGGGCCACCAUCAAACUGUCCAAAUCCAAAGAUUUUUACCCAGGUACCACAGAACGGGUCUGUCUUAUCCAGGGCACAGUGGAAGCUCUGAAUGCAGUUCACGGCUUCAUUGCCGAGAAGAUUCGGGAAAUGCCGCAGAAUGUGGCAAAAGCCGAGCCAGUCAGCAUCCUGCAGCCCCAGACCACAGUCAACCCCGACCGCAUCAAGCAGACAUUGCCAUCCUCCCCAACUACCACCAAGUCCUCUCCAUCCGAUCCCAUGACCACCUCCAGAGCCAAUCAGGUAAAGAUUAUAGUUCCGAACAGUACAGCAGGUCUGAUCAUUGGAAAGGGUGGUGCAACUGUGAAAGCUAUAAUGGAACAGUCCGGGGCGUGGGUACAGCUCUCCCAGAAACCUGACGGGAUUAACCUUCAAGAGAGGGUAGUCACAGUGAGUGGGGAACCAGAACAGAAUCGCAAAGCUGUGGAACUCAUCAUUCAAAAGAUACAAGAGGACCCCCAGAGUGGCAGCUGUCUGAAUAUUAGUUAUGCCAACGUCACGGGCCCAGUGGCCAAUUCUAACCCGACUGGAUCUCCUUACGCCAACACUGCUGAAGUAUUACCCACGGCUGCAGCUGCUGCAGGACUGCUUGGACACGCUAACCUUGCAGGAGUUGCAGCUUUCCCAGCCGUCCUGUCCGGCUUCACCGGGAACGACCUGGUUGCCAUCACCUCUGCACUCAACACUUUAGCCAGCUACGGAUAUAACCUCAACACUUUAGGGUUGGGCUUAAGCCAGGCUGCCGCCACUGGUGCUCUGGCCGCAGCUGCGGCAAGCGCCAACCCAGCGGCAGCGGCAGCAGCCAACUUGCUAGCCACCUAUGCGAGUGAAGCCUCUGCUAGCGGUAGCACUGCUGGGGGCACAGCUGGCACAUUCGCAUUAGGUAGCUUGGCAGCUGCCACUGCUGCUACUAAUGGAUAUUUUGGUGCUGCUUCUCCUCUCGCAGCUAGUGCCAUUUUGGGAACGGAGAAGACGACAGACGGAUCAAAGGAUGUAGUUGAAAUCGCGGUGCCAGAAAACCUAGUCGGUGCAAUCCUUGGGAAAGGAGGAAAAACGUUAGUAGAGUACCAGGAAUUGACUGGUGCAAGGAUACAGAUUUCCAAAAAGGGCGAAUUUGUACCUGGCACACGGAACCGGAAGGUGACGAUUACAGGAACGCCAGCUGCUACGCAAGCUGCUCAGUAUUUAAUAACACAACGGAUCACGUAUGAGCAAGGAGUUCGGGCUGCUAACCCCCAAAAAGUGGGUUAAUGCCAAAACUUUGUUUCUUUGAAUCCCUCCUUUGCUGUUUUUAAGAAGGAUGUACUGUAUUUUGCAGAAGUGAAGUUUUUUUUUUUUUUGGUUAAUAUAUAUAAUAUGCAAAUGAAUGCGAUUAUGUUGAACAUGUGUAUAUGUAAAUAAUGUGUUUUAACAGAUGUUUCAUAGAAGGAAAUUUUUCUUGAUCUGUUUUAGUUCUAUACUUUGCUUGUGUAUAUUUGUCAGAAUUGUUUCUAGUGUGAGGAAAUCUUAGCCUGCCAUUUUACCAGCAUUAUUGUAGUUAUAUAUUAAAAAAAAAAAACAAUUACUAAUAAUGAUUGAAUGUAGACAGGGGUAUGCGUAUAGUUUUCAUUAUCUGUUAAAAUAGCAAAUGCUAAAAUAACUACUGUUAGUUAGGGGUCUGAUUGGGGUUUUAGUGACCGAAAAAUGAAUGGAGUGAGGCCAAAGCACUGUCAUGACAGUCUUACUUCUUGCGUAGGACUAGGAGUUCAUAUUUUCUGAAAAAAAAAAAAAAACUAUAUAUCUAUAUAUAUAUAUAUAUAUAUAUCUAUAUAUCUAUAUAU